AUGUUGUCCUUGUCGUCUUGGGCCGCAAGCCUCCUCUUGGGGUUUGCGAUGCACACGUCUGCUACGCCUGCAGCGGCCUCCCUCCAUUUGUUUCCUGGCUCUCUCCUAUACGGCCCAAGUGUCGUACUCGGUGUCAACAGUUUGAACAGGAACUGGUACAAUAACAAUACCGGUCUAUGGGGCGAGCUCUGGUGGAACAGCGGCAACGCCUUCACCACCCUCAGCGAAUUUCUCAGAAUAGGUGCACUCUUUGCGCUACCAAUCGGAACCACCGAAUACCUUGAGAACACGUUCAGGAGAGCCCAGCUUGUCGACGUCCAGACAACAAAGUACAUGAACUUUGAUAAUGGUGGUAUGAUGGAAUCCCACUACUGCAUCAACGGCGCGGGCGCUUGCGCCACGAAGCGCGACGGGUCUCCCGCCAAGCGAGGCUUCAAAAACUUUCUCAAUGAAUAUUACGACGAUGAAGGCUGGUGGGCUCUUGCCCUCAUCCGUGCCUACGAUGCCACCUACAACAACAAGUACUUGAAUGCUGCCGUCACUAUAUUCGAGGAUAUGCAGACUGGCCUCGGCGGCCCUUGCAAUGGUGGAAUCUACUGGAGCAAGGAGCGAAAAUAUGUCAAUGCCAUCGCAAACGAGCUCUAUCUUAGCGUUGCCGCGUCGCUCGCGGGCCGCAUACCGACGGUACCUGAAUAUCUCGAGAUAGCACAGGACCAAUGGAACUGGUUUCUCAAUAGCGGCAUGAUCAAUUCGGACAAUCUCAUCAACGACGGAUUGGAUGGCGAUUGCAAAAACAACGGCCAGCCCACUUGGACGUACAACCAGGGGGUCAUCCUCGGCGGCCUCGUUGAGCUGUCUCGCGCCACUGGCGAUAGGACUCACCUUACAACGGCCACCAAAAUCGCCAAGGCGGCUAUUAACAAAUUAUCCAACAAGAACGGCAUCCUCGAAGAAGUCGGAGGUUGCGAAUUCCAACCUGGUCGAUGCGGUCAGGAUGGACAGCAAUUCAAGGGCAUCUUCAUUCGGAACUUGGCUUAUCUGCAGGCAGUUGCUCCUGAUGAUCAGUUCAAGACUUUCAUCUUGAACAAUGCAAAAUCCAUUUGGAAGAAUGAUCGCGAGCCCAGAUCCAACAAGCUCGGUGUCGCCUGGGCCGGCCCAUACUUUGACGCUUCGAGCGCAACACAGAGCAGUGCUCUGGACGCUUUGGUUGCAGCGAUUACGAUGACAUAG